AUGGCUUUGAGUGUAACAGGCGUGUCUAUUUUCUUUAUUCUUCUCUUUGGAAUCUCGUCUUUGAAUGCUGUGGUCGGACUAACGAAUAUAUCUGCACCACCAAAUAAUGAGGAUCGGCUCCUUACCGACCUGUUUGACGGCUACAACCCAAAUGCCCGACCGGUCUGGAACGACUCGGAGCCCAUCCAAAUAAUGAUAGGAUUCUCACUGAUGUCCUUUGCCUCUUUGGAUGAUCGUGAUCAAACCGUUAGCGUCGUUGGCGUGCUAAACCUGCGAUGGACUGACGCUCAUCUGAUGUGGAACCCGGCUGACUACGGUGGGGUAACAGAGAUUAACGUCCCUUGCGCGUCCGUAUGGCGACCUGACGUAGGGCUUAUGUCAACCACUGAUAAUACGGACUUCCAUCUGAAGGAACACGCUAAACAUGACGUGAAGAUUACUAGUUACGGUACGCGUUCGGUGGUCCAGUGGCUUGUCAGUAAGAUCUACACCUUCCGCUGCAAGUUGGACCUGACUAUUUUCCCCUUCGACAGCCAGUAUUGCCAAGCAACUUUCGGGUCUUUCUCCCAAAAAGCAAAUACUGUAUAUUACUCAUCAUCUGGAGAAAGCUCUGACCAAUUCGCCAUACCCAACACAGAGUGGGAUCUCGUGAAGUUUGCUGCUGAAAGUACUCAAACUCCACACACAAUUCUGUUGAAGGCUGGAACUUAUUACAGUUGGACGGAAUCCAACUUCCACCUAACGUUUUCUUUGAAGCGGCGCACUGGAUAUUACUGGGUAAACCUGAUCACACCGUGCAUGUGCUGCUCCUUCCUCGUGGCCAUGACCUUCUACAUGCCGUGCGAUGCCGGUGAGAAACUCUCCUUCAGCGUCACCGUCUUGCUCGCCUUUACCGUCUACCAACUGAUCAUAGCGGACAACUUGCCCAGAUCUUCGGAGAGGACGCCACUGCUGUCUAUCUACCUGACGCUACUGACGGGUCUUUCAGCCUCCGCGGUGACCUUGACAAUGUUCGUCCUUAACCUUCACCACCAUGACCCCCACAAGCCCGUCCCCAGCUGGAUGAAGACCCUGACGUUCAACUGCCUGGCUACCAUCACGUGCAAGAAGAAAGCCGUGCGAGAACUUGGCCUUGACUCCUUAAACCAGUCGAAUCAGGUGCAGCCUAUAAUCCUGCAGAACACCCGCCAAAAGGUUGCUUCCGUCGAAGACGCGAGUAAAAGCUCAAGUACCAAUUUCCACGCCUUCGGAAAUGAUCCUCUUAAUGGGCACAUUGACGGAAACACCGAUGAGGCGUAUGGGACACACUGGAAACUGGCGGCAGAAAUUUUCGACCGAUUCUUCUUGAUUUCGUUCUUGAUUUUCACUGUCACCCUGUCUGCCGUUGUGAUGUUCAUCAUCCCGUCUUUCUACGUCAUUAGCUAUUCGGCGUCUGAUUAUUGGAUGUAACUUACCAACAACCCAGAACAACAUUGAUAUUUGUUGGCUACAUUAACUGGCUUGAAAUGUCCUUGUGUGUGCAAGAUUGUGGCUGCCCUUGGUUCUCCAGAUAGGUUUCUGGAUAUAGGCUGGGUAUUUGUAAUACAUUUUGUAUAUUGUUUGUGAUUGUUAAGCGCUUUAAGACAGUAUAGAUAAUACAGUGAAAAGCGCAAAGAACUCACUAUUGUCAGCAUGUCAUCAUCUUUAUUGCAACUACUCGGCUCCAUGAAUGUAUUUCCUCUUAAGUAUUUUGUGGACUCAUUUGUGUACCAUGCCACCCAGUCUGGGCGGGGAUUACAUGUUUUGUCCGGUCUUGCCUCUAGCCGAGCUGGUGGGAAAGUCAAUAUAUUAUUCUGGACAACCAAAAUCGUCAAUAUACUGACCCAUUAGGUUGAUGAGUUAGGUUAAUAUCAAUAGGUUGCAUAAAUUGAUUCGCAUGUUCUGGUCAAAUUGUUGCCUUUAAGGGCAGUUAACUAAUAGCUGUA